AUGAACAGAAUCUCUAAUAUUAUUUCAAAACUUGCCCUUCCUGUGGGUAUUGCCACCACUGCAGCCGCCUAUUCGAUGUAUGAUGUCAAUGGUGGUGAACGUGUGAUUAUUUUCUCCAGGCUUCAAGGUAUCAAGCGUCAAGUUGUUGGCGAAGGUACACAUUUCCUCAUCCCAUGGCUCGAAAAGCCAAUCAAAUUCAAUAUCCGUACUAGACCUAGAAGUAUCAGCACAAACACCGGGUCCAAGGAUUUGCAAAUGGUUAGCUUGACCUUGCGUAUUCUCCACCGCCCAGAUGUUGAAAAGAUCCCAUCCAUUUAUCAAUCUUUAGGGCUUGAUUACGAUGAAAGAGUCUUGCCAUCUAUCAGUAACGAAGUUCUUAAGUCUAUUGUCGCCCAAUUCGAUGCUGCCGAAUUGAUUACUCAAAGAGAAGUUGUUUCCGCUCGUAUUCGUCAAGAACUCAGUGAAAGAGCCCAAGAAUUCCAUAUCAGAUUGGAAGAUGUCAGUAUCACCCAUAUGACUUUUGGUAAUGAUUUCACCAAGGCCGUUGAACAAAAGCAAAUUGCCCAACAAGAUGCUGAAAGAGCCAAGUUCUUGGUUGAAAAAGCUGAACAAGAACGUCAAGCUGCCGUCAUCAGAGCCGAAGGUGAAGCUGAAGCUGCUGAUUUCAUCUCUAAAGCUUUGCAAAAGGCUGGUGAUGGUUUGUUGUUGAUUAGAAGAAUUGAAGCCAGUAAAGAAAUUGCUGAAACAUUGGCCAGCAGCCCAAAUAUUACAUACUUGCCAAAUGGUGCCAAAGAAGCUCAAGGUACCAACAACUCUUUGUUGUUGAACUUAGGUAGAUAA